AUGGGUUCGUUGAUUGAUAAUGAAAAUAAGGGUCACAUAUCGAGUAACAUUAAUGAGAUGGUCGAGUACCGCGUAUUGAGGGGUCGUAUUUAUAAUGUAGGGUUUCAGCCGGAUGAACGCGUAAUACCGUUCUUAGAGUUAGCGGGGUUCGGAUUAGCAGCAUUGAUCCGGACUUUUGAUCUGCGAUAUGACUUAAUUUCUGCUUUAGUCGAGCGAUGGCGUCCGGAGACGCACACAUUUCAUUUGCCAUGCGGGGAGUGCACCAUAACUUUAGAGGACGUUGCAGUACAGCUAGGGCUCCCCAUCGACGGGAACGUGGUCACGGGCGUAAGUUCAAUCUCGAGGCCGGCUCGCCUUUGCUACGAGUUACUUGGACACUCCCCAAGUGAGGGGAAAUUUGCCACAUUGCGGUUUUCAUGGCUAAAGGCCAAUUUUGAGCAUUUACCCAAUACUGCCACUGAAUUGGAGGUUAUGCAGGCUGCUCGAGGUUACAUUAUGCACCUUAUAGGAGGUGUACUCGUGCCGGAUUCACACGGUAGUGAGUUGGGGGUCUGCAGUGUUAGCCACGCUGUACCGCGAACUUUGUCAGACGACAGAUCCUUCUGCGAUGGACAUAGGUGGAUGCCUUAUACUGCUGCAGUCUUGGGCACUUUAUCGGAUGCCAUUCUUGGCAUCCAUUAG